AAUUUCGGAGAGACAAGAUGGUUUCAGGACUUUUUCCUGUACUGUUUCAGACAUGUGGUUUAUAUAUUUAUAUAUGUGUUUGCUUGGUACAUUUAUUUUAUAUCUUAGACCUUAUAAUUCUCAUAACACUAACACCAGUGGAUUGAUUUAAGCAAUUGCUCCUUAACAAGUACUGUAAAUUGUUAAGUAAUGAGUUAACAAUUUGUUUUGAAUUGUUUACUUCGAAGUGGCAAACUCCAUUGUUCUCUCCAUGUAUUUUACCACCACUGGACAAUACUUCCUUUGUGUUUCACUUUCUUGGAUUAACAGCGGCUAUAGCAGGAACCCGGAAACCAUGCUCUUGAGAAGUCCCACUUGAAAGCAACAGACCUGCUUUGAUAGUUUGAGGACCCUGAAGCAAAAUAUUUAUGGUUAAAAUGCUUUGCAUAAGAAACAUGAGCUCUUGUUACGUAACCCUUGGUCUAUAAAUGGAAUCCUGAAUGCCUCCUAAAUUAUUCUUGCUAAGACUUUUGUGGAACAAAACGGAAAUUACAAAGUGACUGGACUUUUGAUAUAAACUCCAAACAUGGACCAAACAAUGAAUCCUAACAGACCAUACAUCCAGAGAAUGCUGAUACUUCUAAUACUUUCUUCAUUGGUAAGGGGAGCAUCUCUGCAGAGAACCACCAGCUCUGCUCCAAGGCUUGUUCUGUCAGGAUGGGUUCCUAAUGCUUGUACAUUAGUUGUAUGUGGAUCUUCUGAGACCAGACCAAAAGGAGAAGAGGGAGAUCAAGGAUUACCAAGACCUCAAGGACUACAGGGUCCAGCAGGACCAACUGGCAUUCCUGGUUCAGAAAGGGAUUUCUGGUGGAAAGGGAUUUCUGGUGGAAAGGGAUCAAGGGGAAACAGUAAUCUUCCAGAGCUGGAAAGCCUUAAAACACAAAUAAGGGACUUGGAAACAGAGUUGGAAGGUUUGAAAGCUGCCAUCACCAAAACUCAAAGAGUUCUCCUUCCCCCCAACGGCGUGAUGGUUGGUGAGAGGAUAUUCAAAACAGAUGGAUCCAGAGGUGAUUAUGAUGCUGCGCGUGAGACCUGCUCGCGCCUGGGUGGCGCACUUGCCUUCCCGAGGAAUGCGGCAGAGAACAGCGCCCUGCAAAAAAUAGUGACCUGGCAUAACAGAAGAGCAGUCCUUGGGAUCAACGACAUGGCGACAGAAGGCAGGUUUGAGAACCUGAAUGGCGACGCCAUUGCGUACUCUAACUGGGCCAGAGGAGAACCAAAUAAUCUUGGCAAUGAGGACUGUGUAGAAAUGCAUGAGGAUGGCAAAUGGCAUGACAGAGGCUGCACACUUGAGUGGUUAGUCAUUUGUGAAUUCUAAAAUCAGGAGGUGCAGGAGUGGCCAUGUUUGUGAGGUCAACGAAUAGUUUGUUCUAAUUCUUUCCAAGUUCAGUACCCCUCUAGCUUGAACAGGGAGUUGCACAAGUGAUAUUCAAGAUGCAAUAAUAAUAAUAAUAAUAAUAAUAAUAAUAAUAAUAAUAAUAAUAAUAAUAAUUUAUUAUUUAUUAUUUAUACCCCGCCCAUCUGGCUGGGUCUCCCCAGCCACUCUGGGCGGCUUCCAACUGCAUAUUAAAAACAGUACAGCAUCAAACAUUAAAAACUUCCCUAAACAGGGUCGCCUUCAGUUGUCUUCUAAAAGUAAAAUAAUUGCUUAUUGCCUUGACAUCUGCUGGGAGGGCAUUCCACAGGGCGGGUGCCACUACCGAGAAGGCCCUCUGUCUGCUACUUUCCUUUACCUGACUGUGUUAAUAAAGAAUAUGGCAAAUUUAAUGUGAGGCGUGUGAUUUCUUGUAAAGCAUGUCCAAGAAUAAAAAUUCAGGUU